CCGGCGUCGGGGAUGGCCUUCACGCUGUACUCGCUGCUGCAGGCCGCGCUUCUCUUCGUCAACGCCAUCGCGGUGCUGCACGAGGAGCGCUUCCUCCGCCGCAUUGGCUGGGCAACAGACCAAGGCAUUGGAGGGUUCGGAGAGGAGCCGGGAAUUAAAGCACAAUUAAUGAAUCUGAUCCGAUCUGUACGAACAGUUAUGAGAGUGCCAUUAAUUGGAGUGAACACUGUAACGAUUGUAUUGCUUCUGCUGUUUGGUUGAAGGCGAC